GAACUCCCUCCACACGCCAUUGCCGUCUCCUCCGCCGCUUGGAAAGGCUGCCGCUUACGGAUUCCAGGCAACGAUGGCGAAUUCGUCAAGGAACUCCCUCCACACGCCAUUCCCGUCUCCGCCGCCGUUUGGAAAAGCUGCUGCUGCCGCUUAGGAAUUCCGGGCAACGAUGGCGAAUUCAUUAAGGAGCUCCCUCCACGUGUCGUCGCCGUCUCCGCCGCCGCCGCCGCUUACGGAUUCCGGGCAACGAUGGCAAAUUCGUCAAGGACUUCCUUCCACGCGUCGUCGCCAUCUCUGCCACCGUUUGGAAAGGCUGCCACUGCCGCCGCUUGCAGUUGGGCUCCACACCAACUGUUUAUCGGUCAUG